CCGCGCUGAAGCACAUAAAGCCAGAGGAGACGGGCACGCGCGCGCACGCACUCGCGCUCUCGCUCUGUGCUUUCAUUUCGCUUGUUUUUGUUCCUCUCAGCGGAGGGAGAGAGUGAGGGAGAGACAGCGAGGACUCGACCACAACACACCUGCACACACACACACACAGAGCACCUGUCCCCAGCGCCUUCAGCCAAUCAGUGCCGCGCGCCUCCAGCACAGCCCGAGCCUUUUUUAACCGUCCUCGCUGAUGCACGGAGCUCUUCACUGUUUUUCCUCCUUCCGUGCCUUUCUUUCUUUCGGUCUCUGUCGGACUCGCACGACGCCUCGCAGCAGCUUCGUGUGAAGGGGCAGGUUUUUAGUUUGGAAGUUUAGUUUCUGGGGUCUUUCUGGUCGUGUUGGUGCUCACGCGGCGCUUUUCGCGCUUUUCUCUCCGCUGUGAGGGAGGCGCGCGCGAGGAGGCUCUACCGUACACGCGAGGAGAGCGUGCGGCUGGAAGAGAGGAGGAGGAGGAGGAGGAGGAGGAGAAGUGAUGGUGAGACUCUGGCCCCGGCGGACUGAGCUGGAGUAAAUAAAGGCGGAGCGGCAGGAGCUAAACGGGCCGCGGAGUCACUGACUGUGAGGGAGAAGCGGGAGAUCCGGGCUGAGAGCGCGAGAGUGUGUGAGCGUGUGUGAUGCUGUGAGUGAGGAUGCCGGUGAGGAGGGGGCACGUGGCGCCCCAGAACACCUUCCUGGACACCAUCAUCAGGAAAUUCGAGAGCCAGAGUCGAAAGUUCGUCAUAGCGAAUGCGCGGGUGGAGAACUGCGCCAUUAUCUUCUGUAAUGAUGGCUUCUGUCACAUGUGUGGCUAUACGCGGGCCGAGAUCAUGCAGAAACCGUGCACCUGCAACUUCCUGUACGGGCCGCACACCAAGCGCCUGGCCAUCGCACAGAUGGCUCAGGCCCUGCUGGGCUCCGAGGAAAGGAAAGUGGAGAUCACGCUCUACAGGAAGGACGGUGUAUGUUUCCUGUGCCUGGUGGACGUGGUACCAGUCAAGAACGAGGAUGGCGCGGUGAUCAUGUUCAUCCUUAAUUUUGAAGUCAUGACUGACGACAAAUUACGCAACCCCAACCAGGAGCUCAACCACCGACUGCCUCUCCCCUGGCGCUCCACAUAUCGAGUGCGGCGUAUCCGUCUGCGUCUGCCUCUUCUACAGUCCCACAGUAAGAGCAGGUUGUCUCUGAAGGACGACGCUGAGGCAGGCGGUGGGGAGGUGGGCGUUUCUGGCUCUGUGUGCUCCAGGCCGGUCAGCAGUCACGAGUCUUUGGCCCUGGCUGAGCUCUUGUCCCUCCCUGAACACGAGCAGGUCCAUCCUACCACUACAGCCACCCCAUCCUCCUCGCUGUGGCCUGAGGACCACCGCACUCUGCUGAGCAGUGAGCCUGUGCCACACCCAUCAACCCCUUCACACCGCUCUACGCUACCACUGGGCCAGUCGUCGCCCCGACCGCAGAGGCUCAACCCAGACGCUUCGGCCUCCAACUGCAGUCUGACACACAGCCGCUCGCGAGAGAGCUUCCACAGCAUGCGCCGGGCAUCAUCUGUGGAUGACAUUGAGGCCAUGAGGCCUGAGUGGGACCGCAAACACCGCAGCAGACCCUCCAGCAGCAGCACCGGUGCAGUGAACAACAAGUCCAGCAUCCUGAACUCUACCUCUGACUCUGACCUCAUGCGCUACCGCACCAUCAGCAAGAUCCCCCAGAUCACCCUCAACUUUGUGGACUUUAAGCCAGACCCCCUCAUCGCUCUGCCUCCUGGAGAGAUGGAUAUCAUUGCCCCCUGCAAGCUCAUCGACCGCACACAUAAUGUCACAGAGAAAGUCACGCAGGUGUUGUCGUUAGGCGCUGAUGUCCUCCCUGAAUAUAAGCUUCAGGCCCCCCGCAUCCACAAAUGGACUGUGCUGCACUACAGCCCUUUCAAAGCUGUGUGGGACUGGUUGAUCCUGCUGCUGGUCAUCUACACGGCCAUCCUCACACCCUACUCAGCCGCAUUCCUACUGAACGACGUGGAGGAGAGCUCAAUGUCAGGCUGUGGUUACUGCAGCCCGCUCAGUGUGGUUGAUCUCAUCGUGGACAUCAUGUUCAUCAUCGACAUCCUCAUCAACUUCCGCACCACCUACGUCAAUGCCAACGAUGAGGUGGUGAGCCACCCGUUGCGCAUUGCUGUGCACUAUUUCAAAGGCUGGUUCCUCAUUGACAUGGUGGCUGCUAUCCCUUUUGACUUACUCAUCUACCGCAAUGGCGAGGAGACAACCACUCUGAUUGGCCUCCUCAAGACGGCACGCCUCCUGCGCCUGGUGCGAGUGGCGAGGAAGCUGGAUCGCUAUUCGGAAUAUGGCGCUGCUGUGCUCUUCCUCCUCAUGUGCACCUUCGCCCUCAUCGCCCAUUGGCUAGCCUGCAUUUGGUAUGCCAUUGGCAAUGUAGAACGCAGUCGUGCUAUCGGUUGGCUCCACACGCUGGGGGAUCAGCUUGGGAAACCAUACAAUAUCUCAGCCCCUGGCUCAGGGCCCACCAUCAAGGACAAGUAUGUGACAGCCCUCUAUUUCACCUUCAGCAGCUUGACCAGUGUGGGAUUCGGCAACGUCUCCCCCAACACCAACUCGGAGAAGAUUUUUUCCAUCUGCGUCAUGCUUAUUGGAUCCCUCAUGUAUGCUAGCAUCUUUGGGAAUGUGUCAGCAAUUAUCCAGAGGCUGUACUCAGGUACAGCUCGAUACCACACACAGAUGCUCCGCGUGAGGGAGUUCAUUCGCUUCCAUCAAAUCCCCAACCCGCUCAGACAGAGACUGGAGGAGUACUUCCAGCACGCAUGGUCCUACACCAACGGCAUCGACAUGAACGCUGUGCUAAAAGGUUUCCCUGAGUGUCUGCAGGCAGAUAUCUGUCUGCACCUCAACCGCACACUCCUCCAGAACUGCAAAGCUUUUAAAGGCUGCACCAAAGGCUGUCUGCGUGCCCUGGCCAUGAAAUUCAAGACCACCCACGCUCCACCAGGCGACACUCUGGUCCAUGCAGGUGACGUGCUCACAGCCCUCUACUUCAUCUCCCGUGGAUCCAUUGAGAUACUGCGAGGGGACGUGGUGGUGGCCAUCUUAGGAAAGAAUGAUAUAUUUGGCGAGCCCAUCAAUCUGUACGCCCGGCCAGGGAAGUCCAAUGCUGACGUUAGGGCACUGACCUACUGCGACCUGCACAAGAUCCACAGAGAGGACUUGUUGGAGGUGCUGGACAUGUAUCCAGAGUUCUCUGACCACUUCUGGAGCAACCUAGAGAUCACCUUCAACCUCAGAGAUACUAACAUGAUUCCUGGGUCUCCAAGCAGCGAUGACUCUGACUGUAUUGGCUUCAACAAACUCCGCAAGAGAAAGCUGUCCUUCAGGCGGCGAACCGAAAAAGAUGAUGCAGAUGCUGGUGAGAUUAAGAAGAACCAGAAACCUUUGCGGCGUAACAGGAAACAGGCUAUGAGUAAUCAGAAUGAGGGACUUAAAUCGGACUGGGAGGGGCCUCGGAGUUCUAUCUCCUCCCACUCUAGUGGUGAUGAACGAGAGGAGCCUUUUCAUACAAGUCCAGAACCACCUACUGCACUACUGGAGCUUUCUCAAGCCCAAGCUACAUCUGUGAACUUUAAUGACAACCCUGAGGGGGAGGGGGAUCCUAAAACAGGCAACACAUGCAACGCCCUAUCAGGUGCUCUCUCAGGAGUGUCUAACAUCUUUAGUUUUUGGGGUGAGAGUCGGGGGCGGCAGUACCAGGAGCUGCCCCGAUGCAACCUUCCAUCACCUCCACCACAGCUCAACACACCCUUACAUAGCAUCUCCAAGCAGCAGCGGAACCAGCUGGAGAACAGACUGGACAUGCUGCAGAAACAGCUCAACAGACUGGAGACGCGUAUGUCCACAGACAUUAGUGCAAUAAUGCAGUUGUUGCAGAGACAGAUGUCGCUGGUGCCUCCAGCCUACAGCACAGUGUCCUCACCCCCGCAGGUCUCGCCGUACCCUGGCCCCAGCCCUGGACCUGGAGAGAGACUCAUUCAGCCUGUCACACCGCUGGAGUCUGAAACUCUCACCUCACUCUCACAGAUUCUAGACCCGCAGAACUUUGAGGAAUUCCCGGCUAUGUCUAGUGAGUCUCUCCAAUGCCUGACGGAGCUCCUUCCAUCCGAGAUCCCAAUCCUCAGCCCAGGGGAUGUGCCGCUACAGAGCCUUAGCCUGCGGCCCCACCCUCAGCCUCCAGACACCGACACCCAGCGGAGAUUUUCCCUGCAGGAGCAGCAGAGCCCUCUGGACUCACGGACUCCGCAGAGACACAGUUCUGACCCUGGGAGCUAGGGAGCGAGGGAGGGAAGAAAGAGGAGAAACCAACAGUGCAAAGGGAAGAGGAACAACAGAUAGGGGGCAGAGUCCCCUGCUCUGAUUCUCUCUCACUUUCUCAGUCAUUUUCACCCUCUGUCUUUUUCUUUCUAGCACAUCUCACGGGGGUUCUCUUCCCUCUGUUCCUGUUUUUGCACUGAGAAAGGGAUGUGAAUGGAGGGGCGAGACAGGACACACAUGCACAUGGCAGACCUCUUUUUUUCUCUUGCGCUAGAGAAGGACUGUUGCUGAAACCCUACAGGACUUAGACUUAAUAAACCACUGAGUUCACCAUGAGGGUGUUCCAAAAUGCCCUCAAGAGGCAGGUGAAAUGUUACCAAACUGAUGUUAAAAUGGACACAAGGAGCAGUGGGGGCGAGGAGGGGUGCCAAAUAAUGCCCACUCUUUUUGGCUUUUGUUAUAAAAGCAGAAUGGCCUCUCACAGGACAGCCUUCGUGUUCAGAAUUUUCCCUUUACUGCUGUUAUCCAGUAUUGGAUUACCAUAUAUGAAUAAUAAUGGAAAUAAUAAUAUAAGUAGCCAUUAUGUCUUGCACUGAAUUUUUUCAGAAUCUUUAUCUAUAUCACGUCCGCGGCGCUUCCGAUAUAAAAAAAUUAAAAAAAACAAUGAAAAAGGAAAGAAAAACAAGAAAAAAAUUGUUGAACUUUUUAGUGUUAGCUGGCCUAACAGAAAAAAGAGAAAAGACACGUCAUGAAAUCUGUCUAUACUGUCCUGUCAUUCCACUUCACAUUCACAUGACGUCUGUGGUCAAGGCGGAGCUUCAGAGCUCAACAGUGUGCUGGAUUGGUUGGUUUGCAUUACAGAGUGAAGGGGUGUCUCUAAAGCCAUGUCAUUACUGAACAUAUCAAUCUUCUGUGCACUGACUGCAUGGCUUGGUAAAGACAGAGUUAAUGAACAAUAUGCAAAACCAAGCCAAAUAAGAGCGUCCACGUUAAAGUCUGCAUGAUGUCGGCUGGUGUUCAGAGGUGUGUCCUAGUUUGAAUUGGUUUUGGAAUUUGGCUUUAAACAGGUCUUUUUAUUAGGGAUGCCCUGCUUUCUCAGACAUGGCCUCAGCAAUAUUUAUCCUUACAAGCCACAACCCCACAUUAAUGUAUUUCUCUUUGGGAUGAGACUACAGAAAAUGAACAAUUAUUUUACCCAUAUUUAUCUAUAUCUAUAUAUGUGUGUGUGAGAUGCAGUGAAAUGAAUAUAAAAUGAAAAUUAUUUACAGCAAUUGACAUGCACUGGACAACACAUUAAAAACUAAAAUAAUAAGCUUAGCAAACUAUCAGGAUGAAGAUUACUGCAUUGGAUUCUUCAGGUAGCAGCACAUUUUGCUCUGGGAACUACUGUGGUGUGUGCCAGUUCAGUACUGACGAUCGUCCAUAUACAGUAACACUGUCUGACAUACAAAGGCACUGGGGUGAGAGGUAUGGAUUUCCAGUUGAUUGUAUCAUAUUUCCCACUGGUUUGAGUUAUUAUUUAUAUUGUAUAUCAGUUGUGAAUUGAUUCUAUUUUGUUGAUACCAAAUACUACUUUAAUUUUGAAAGAGUUUAUUUUCAUUACUAAUGGUAAGAAGCUGAAAUGAAGGUUGCUGGCUAUCACCAACAAUUGUCCAACUGUUGUCUAAUAUCCUCUAGUUUAUAAAGAUUGUGUGGGAUGACAGUUGUUAGUGACAAAGUGUUGCACGUAUUUGUCUGUCACAGACUUAUCAUUAUUACUCUUAUGGUUUUUAUUGUCUGCUUUUAGUGAUUGUCCAUUUGUUCAUGUCCAUACCUAUAUCAUAGUGUAGACACAGCAAAGUUUUAUAUUCCUGAAGCAUGCACAGUAUUCAUAAAGCAUUUCAAACACAGGGCUUGUGAUCAUCUUCUCACUUUGUAGGUACUGAUUCAUAAAAAUGAAUCCUGGAUUUGCUUUCUCGCUCUGAAAUUGUUUUUGAAUACUUGUCUAAAAGGAAUAGUCCAGCCACAUCUGUAGCAUUUGGUUGAUUACCACAGACAAUCAUUUUCAUACAUUUCCCUGUGCAUAGUUAAGAAAAGUAGGGGCACCCAUGGCUCAGCCAUCUAACUGUUCUCCUUAUGAUCGAGUUUAAACCCCAGUGUUGCCAUAGCCAUCUGUGGCCGAGAAUCGAGGAUAGCAUAAUUGGCUUCACUCUCUCUGGGUGUGUAGGACGGCCUUCUUCCACCCCCCCACACAGAGAAUAAACCUGCCCCCACACCCCCCAUCAAUCAGAGUGAUGUUAGGCAACACAGGUGUCUUAACUGGAGACAGAUUGAAAAGAUAUAGUGGUGCUUCUAGUGUCUUGGAGGAUGCCUGUUAGCAAAAACCCUUGUGUGAUAGAUGAAGACCUAAUUAGCAGGUGGCACUGGACAUGAUCUGCCCAUUGUCUUCUAUUAUAAGUAGAUUUGUAUUUUGAGCCUUUGCUAUUCUUUUCUUUUCUGUAUUGUUGUCCACGGUAAGCAGCCAUGUGCUACUGAGGCGGCUGAUAGAGAUUAUGCUGAAAGAGGUUGGAGCUGAAUAUGUUAUAUAUGCUUAAUGUGGCAGGUAUACCUAUCAUCGCUGUUGGAACAAAGCCAUGUAUCUCCAAGAUGGUAACUUUACAGGAGAAGGAAAAAACAUCCUUAGCUUACAAUGUAAGACAAUGUAACAAUCAUGCUUUUCUACGAAAUUUUAGGCAAUUCUAUUGGUCCGUUCAUCAUGAAAUUUUAGCCCAUUGUAAAGAGCAGCUGGCAAGUUCAAGUUAUGCGAAAAAAUGAAAAACAACAAACAAAAAUGUAGAUGUGAGGUUUUCUUCUGACAGCAUCAUUAUGUAAAGAGCAACCGAAUGCAGAGCAUGCUGUGGUUAUGUUUUCUAACAGGCAUUUUAAAGUACAACCAAAGCACCCAGUUUCUCUCCCCAACAGUGCAGUUUGAGGUGUGUGCCAUGUUUGGGAUGGUUUUUUGAGUGUGAGAUUCUGGAUGGCAUUUCUAGACAGCGAUGGUAGAAUAAGACAUUGGACAAACUUAGUUCAGAUAGCUUGCUUUAUUGACAAGGUAUGUUUGUAUGCCCUUCAAAUUAUUAUCCAGGUAGUGCGAUCACUCUAUAUACAACAGUAGCUGCAGCAGAUAAAUGGAGGUUCCACCAUAUAUGAUCAGAUGCUAAUGAUGCUAUAAUACGUAUCUUUGAACAUAAUAUUCAAAAAUUAUGUCCAUACAUUCAUAAUAAGAAAAUGUUUAUCACCAUAAUAUCGUUAUAACUUUCAUAAGUGUGGCAACCAUUUUACCUCCCAAUGCUUCUGGCCUCCUCUCGUUUGUACUCAUAAUACUUGUUGCCUUGUUAGUUGCUGAGUGUACUGCUGUACUUUACAGAUCCCACUCCAUCCCAAGAUGUAAAAAAUUAUACGAUUUUUUUCCCUCACAUAUCUACUAAUAGUGGUAUCUCCAAUGGCUGUUUAGGUGUGUAGAUAUUCUUCAGUCUUGGGUUUAAUUUAUUUUGGCAAUGCAUUUACACUGGAUUGCUCUUUUUUUCCCUCUCAUGUACUGUACAUAAGAGAGUCUUGUAAAGGAAUCGAUUCUUGGCACUCAUAUAGCCGGCACUAUGCAGAAUCUGUCAUUUCCUUGGCAUGCUUCGAAAUGCAGAAAAACUGUAGAUGAAAAAUAUAUGUUUGAUUUUAUAAAGAAAACAAAAACAUGCUAAAUAUGUGAAUAACUAUGUUCUUAUUAACAAUAAUAAUAAUAAUAAUAAUAAUGAUUAUAUAUUAAGACGACUUUGUGCACACUUUAUUUGCAUGCUGCACUGAAAAGGACAGAGGUUCAAAGGCAGCUGAUCCGCUGUUGAAUUUAGAAUGUGUAGACAGAUGCACUGUACUUCCAAGUCACUUGUGAGAGUGAUUUUACGUACUUCCACCUGAUGGAAGAAUGGACAUUGUGAAACUGAAAACUACUGUAACAAUGCUAGCAUGACAGUUUAUAAAAUGAUAACAGAUUUCUGGCCCGACAGUCCUGGGCGGCGUUCAUACAGUCUCUCAAUCCAUAUCAGAUCACUCCAGAAUGCUAAGCUACAGGUCUUGAUUGUGUGAUAGAAUCAUAACGGGGUUGACUUUAUAAAAUUUCAAAUAUUUCUUUCAAUAAACCUCUUUGAAAACAUUUGAAAUACCAAA